AUGGAUUCUUCCGACUACAUGAUUAUUGCGAAGUCUAACGGAUUUAUAGAAGUUAUCAGGGAUUACCAGCACAAACUAGAAAGUGACCUUUCACUGAAACCAGACUUUGUCCUUUCCUGCAUACCACUAAGCAAUAACUAUAUGUUAACUACCGAACUGUCGGUAGCAGGUCUAGAAUACCGCGAUGGCUUAUUAUAUUGUUGCACAUGUUUCGGGGACCUAUACGUUUUCGUUUUGAACCUCCCCGCAGACUAUAUGCAGGCUGAGAACAUGUUCAAAAUGGGACCUUCUAGCGAAGAAUUUGUCCAAGAUAAAAAUGCUUCGGGGACUGAUUUGCAUUCCUCUGAAGAGUCAUCAUUUCUUCUUCACUCAAGAUUUACCGGUAGGACAAAAUUGAAACAUGUAUGUUAUUAUUUGAUUCCCGCGGAUUCAAACGUUCGCACUGGGGUCCAGAAAAGAUAUGGACGAAUACCUUGCUUUCAAGAAACGAUAUACACAAACCUUAAAAAGAACAUUUCGAACUUCCACAUCAAUCCAUUGGACAAGUUCAGUGUCGUCACAAUUGCUCCUAGAACACCACUUACCAUUCAUAAAAUAAGGCUGCCCAAGCUUUUCGUUGAUUUUUUUGUCGCUGUAAUAAAUUUGAAGCAACAUGUAAUAGAUUCCAAAUAUGAAGAAGUAUGGGAUCUUAAUGCCGCUUGCCGUGAAAUCCAUAACCAAAGCAUAUUCGAGUACCUAAAAUAUGAUACUUUAAGUUCUAUUGAUCACGACGCAGAUCCAAAUUUGUGGAAUUCGCUGGUAAUAAAUAUGGGCAUAGCUGAUCUGAAUGCAUUCUCCGUAUGGAGACAAAAACAGGGCCAACUGAAGGAUGAAAUUUAUGAGUUAUUUCAUGGCCCUAAUAACGAGUGUCAAUCGAAAGGUUUACCAAGUUCUGAUCUUGAGGUCUCGCGUGAGAGGCCCCAAUCGAGGAGGGAGCGACCUCAGAAUCAAGCUUUGAGAAGCAAUUCUUUAAGAAGAGAUAUUCUAACGAGAGCCAUAGACGCACCAUAUUACAGCAAUACUACCGUGGACAAGUUCAUUAGAAGCGUGAGAAGAAACACCUGUCCUGUGGAUUUCAAAAUCGUGAAAACUCGUUCUUGCAAUACGAGCGAUGGAGAUCACGAUUUCACAGGACAUGAUGGUGAUGACACAAUGACUUCCUUCUUGACAGACAACUAUAAAGAUAUGGAUAUCAUUUCCAUCGAUAAGUUUUUAGUUCUUACAGCAUUUCGGCCAAAGUACAUUGAUGAACCAUUAAUGAAAGUGGAAUCCUUUCAUAACUCAGCUGCAUUAUUCUGCGACGCUGAAAAUCACGAGUCAAUGCUUACCAUUCAACGAACACUUAGAAAUUUUUCGUCAUUCAAGAGGCUUUUCAUGAUCAAUGAUUCCCUAUGUUUAAUAUUUGACACUCACGGAGUUUUAUUGUUCGACAGAUUUAAAAUAAGAAACUGUAGAAAUCUUUUUGCCAACUGCCCUUCGGCGCUUAAGGCUAUUGACUUCAACAUAGGUCUAAUAAAUGAUGUCGCUGUGGUAAUCAACAAUCUUAAUGAGUGUCGGAAUUGUGACGAUUGUGAGGAUGAUAAGAAUAUUUCCUUCGAGGCGUUUGCCACAUGUGUGACUGGGGAGGUUUUGGCGUUGCAUGGGGAGUUUUACAAACACUCCAGAAUCGGAAAAAUGGUUCUCCGAGACUGUUUGCGCAUCAACAAAAACAACAAGUUCGUGGAUCAAAUAUUGCUUAUCAAUUUUGAUGAGGACUUUGAACAGAGGAAACGCAGACCAUCUGAAGAACUGGCCUGGACCUCAAUAAAAAGAGUUAAAAGAUAA